ACACGUAAAACAUUUUUAAACUCGACGGCAAUCUACUGACAGAAAGAGUUCACCAGUCAAGAUAUUCAAGGUGACUAGCUUAACGCUACUUUUGUUUACAUCCGUAAGUGACUGAAACUUUAUUCUCCUGUCAAAUGUUGAUGACGUCAAAUAUGCGACUCAAACUGUGCCUCCAAUGUUCCACUCAUCAGUAACAUGUAAGGAGAAUCUAUUUCCAAAUAGAUCGAAAUGGUAGUAGAGAGGUGUUUGUAUUUAUGAUGAUUAUAGUCUAGAAAAUCAUAAGAAGCAUCAUUCAUCACGUGGCUUCUUUAUUGAUCCACUGAUCAUGUUAACUUUUUAGCUGUUCAAUUGUAUUUUCUGUUUAAACUAUCAGUACGUUAUUUUGUAAAGUAGAAGUUUGGUGGUGCCAUGAGCUCAGGCCUCAUAUGCAAACUCAAAACUUGUUCAAUUCAUUUGAACCCUGCCUUGCACCAUGGGACUUUUGUCAAUACGGAAACUUACUUGAGCUCAAAACUGUUCUGCUAUGCACGCUGUUUAAGCUCUAAAGAGACAUUUCGAAAGACCAGAGUGGUAGACAACACUCAAAACAAGGAUUCAGAGAAGCAAAGAGGUUAUAGGAUUGCUAGAGAUGCAAAUGGAAAUGAGCAAGGCCAGAAGGAGGAAAGAAACUGGAGAGGCACCUAUCUGCAGCGCUCCUCUUCCAAAUCUGUGUUUGCUGCUGGGACUGCCAAAAAAACAGCAGAAAUUCUAAGGAAGAAAGCAGCUCUGGUAUCUGGGAUGGGGCCAACCACUCUAGAUGAUCCUAAACCAAAAACAAUGGCAGUGAGGGUCAAGCUUCCCGAUCAGCCCCUGUCUGUUGCAGAGUGGAGAAAACUGAAGGAUUCUGUGAUUAAUGUCCAGCGUUUUGAAAUCGAUGUAAUGUAUGGACUGUUCAAUUCUGGAGCAGAUUUGGAUAUCGCUAAGUCAUUGCUGACUUUUGUUGUCACUGAAAUGGGAACCCUGUCCUAUGAGUUGCUGCUAAGAUACCUAACGCUUUGUGUGAUGGGCGGGCAUGACAGUGAAGUGUUUGACGUCUAUGACAUCAUGCGAACAUCUUUCCCCUCUCUGGAAACAGGAGCCUCCACCCUCUUUAUAAAGUCCUUCUGCCGCACUGAGAGGUGGAGGGAGGCUCUUGUCAUUUUACAAGAACUCAAAAAGGUAAUCACUCCAUCACCACGUAACUAUGGUGACAUAAUAUCAGCUGCAGUUCAGCACAGUGAUCUGAACACAGCCUGGUUGCUUUAUGAUGAGUUAAUAGAAAAAGGACUGAGCCCACAUGCAGAGACCUGGGAAGUGCUUUUCAAUAAAGUAAAGGGGACUGAGGCAAAGGAAGAAGGAGAAAAGAUUAGGUCUCCACAAAAGCAGCGGCUUCUGGGUAUUCUACACUACAUGCGGGAAAACCAGAUCUAUCCACCAAAAAACCUAGCAGAAAGCAUCAAGACCUGGUUUGAAAGUCUUGAGGACCAAAAAUGGGAAGGAAGGUGGACCACUAUCUCCCCAAAGGGUGAGUGUCACUGUUGUAGGAGUAAGCUGGAAUCCAUUCAGCUGACUGAUGAGGAAUACCAACAACUCAAAGAUAAAGUCAUGGUCAAUGUCAUCCAGGGACGAGAUGUUUUUAACAAGACUACUCCUGAGGAGCUGGAGAAGUUUAAAGCAUUUGUGAAAAGAAAGCCGGCUUUUGAUGUGGUUGUUGAUGGUCUAAAUGUUGCCAAUAUCAACAAAGAUAAAAGCAAGCUCUCAGAAACGUUGUUGGCAGUGGUAUCUGAGCUUGUGCUCCGAGGUCAGACGGUGCUAGUUUUGGGGAGAAAACACAUGCUGCGUCCAACCAGAUCCUGGGAUGGAAACAACAUGAAAUCUCUCCAGCAGAAAGCUCACUGUUUCUUCACUGAGAACAUCUCUGAGGAUGACCCUUUCCUGUUGUAUGCUGCUUUGCAUUCUGGGAAUCACUGUCGGUUUGUGAGCAGAGAUUUAAUGAGAGAUCACAAGGCCUGUCUGCCAGAUGGAGCCACCAAGCGCCUCUUCUUUAAGUGGCAGAGGGGACAUCAGCUGGUUGUUGACAGUUAUAUUGCACCAGGAAGGAAAGUCUGUUUUCAGGGUAUUCCCAGCUAUGACACUAUUGUCCAGACGUCAGGAGGUUCAUGGCAUAUUCCCUAUGAUGACUCAGAGGACAGAAGCACCUAUGAAGUCCCACAGAAAUGGCUGUGCCUUACUAGUCAACACUGAAAUGGAUUUUCCUAAUACAAAUGUGUAAAAUUAAAAAGAUGCUAAAGCAAAUGUUGUGUUUUUCAAAUAUAGGAUUUAUACAUAGUAUAAUUGACAUUUCCUAAAGUUCAAUAAGCAUGUAAGAUGAUUUGUUACUUGAAAAGUACAAUUUAAAGAUAAGAAUGAUCAAUUGUUAAAAAAAAUAAUAAAAAAUGUGCCCACCGAAUGAGGCUCACUUUGGGUACAGUGAUUUCUGGGACAGCCCACAGCCCUUUAUUCAAAGGCUGCAGUAUUUUUGGUUCAAAUAUUAAAGUUGUGCACUAA